GGGAGGCCGCGCAGCCGCAGUGAGGGCCUGUGGAGCGGAGCUGGAGCGGGAUCCGGAGCGGGAGCGGCCAUGGCGAGCGGGGAAGGAGACAAUAAAAGCGCCAACCUGUUGCUGACCAUCUGAUCCCAGAUCUUCUGUUCCAAGUCCACCUACUUCCAGCCUCUGUAAUAUCACCUCUCAUUGGCCUUACUUCAGUCUGUGCUGAAACCCUCAUCCAUGUUUUUGUUGCCGACAGAGAACGAGAGGGCACAGAUUUAAAGUAAUUGGCAACAGAAGCAAAAGCGACGCUGCAGAAACUGCCCAGCUUGAAGAGCAUUUGGAGGGUUGGGGAGAAGUGAUGCUUGCUGCAGAUCGUAUCUUGCGCUGGGAGAAACCCUGGUUUCCUGUUAUAAUGAUGCUUGUGGUGUCAGUGGUAUUUUUGCUAAUCUACUGGCUGGAUCCUUCAGUUCUGACUGGGGUUUCGUGUGCUAUUAUGAUGAUCUGUUUGGCAGAUUACCUUGUUCCAACUAUUGCUUCCAGGAUGUUUGGAUCCAAUAAAUGGACUACAGAGCAGCAACAGCGUUUUCAUGAAAUCUGCAGCAACCUGGUAAAGACCCAACGCAGGAUUGUGGGCUGGUGGUGGCGCCUUUUUGCCCUGAAGGAGGAGAAACCCAAAAUGUAUUUCAUGACUGUGGUUAGCUUUCUCUCCGUGGUGGCUUGGAUUGGGCAACAGGUUCACAACCUCUUCCUCACUUACUUGAUUGUGAGCUUCAUCCUCUUGCUGCCUGGUCUGAAUCGGCAUCGAUUAAUCACGAAAUAUGUGGGCAUGGCAAAACGGGAAAUUAACAAACUACUGAAGCAGAAGGAGAAGAAAAAUGACUAAUAAAACUGGAUUUGUCAGCAUUAAAAAUGAUCUGAUUACUGAUGACCUUAUUGGUAGUCGCCUUGUUGAAUCAAAAAAAGUAUAAAGCUCCUAGUGUGUGCUCGGCUAUAAUGUCUGAAUGUGGAGGGUGAAGAGAAGACACUAUGUAUGUAGCAAAUGGGCAUGAUAUUUCAAAAUAUUAAUUAGGUUUUGUUCCUCAUUAUUUCAAGGCUGGCAAUGUUUUCAGAUCAGGAAUUGCUGUUUAGUUUUAAAGACCUGCUCUCAACUAAUAUUUUCCCUCAUUGUCUGUGUUUGUGAUGUGUUUUGAAGUAAUUUUUCGAAAGCCAUGACUGCACUGAAAGUUUAAUGAUAAAACUAUUCUGUUACAUGGAAUUAAUGAAUUGCUUGAUAUCUGUGCAAUCACCUGCAUUCUUGCUAGAGCAUUUGCAUGUAUGUGGAAACCAGUUGUCAGUGUCAGAAACAGUAUAUCCAAUAUGACUACUGUGUAAUUGUAUGUUUGAAGUCACAUGUAAAUAGGACUGUCUUUCACCCUGUAUAGAUGUUUUUGUGUAUAUUUGUGGUGAAUGUACAUUUUAGUUGUGUUCUAAUUGUAUCCUCUGGAGAGUUCUCUCCCUAAAUAAAGCACCAAAUACGUGGCUUA